AUGCUUCAUGUUUAAAUAUAGAUAUUAAAAAUGUAAUUUACGCUUCAGUUUUAUGAGUCAAAUAUAUUUAAAAAGUUUACAUGUUAAUUUUCACUUUAAAAAAAUAACAAUUUUCAAUUAUUUUUUUUUCAAUAAUUUUAAUUUAAUAUUUUUAUGAAUAUCAUGAAUAUUUAAGAUAAAGUAGAACAAACAACCAUAUAGCAAUCCUAACCUAAAACAAAAAAACUAUGGGGUAAGCUUAAAAAUUUUCUUUUAAAGAAAGAUGAGUUUAACCUAAAAGAGCAGCUUUACCUCAACAUCUUUCCUCAACUGCUUUUAGAAAACGAUAUAAUAUAAUAUAAUUUGGGAAAAGAUAAUCUAUAGGUUUUUAUUUAAAAGCAAAGAGCUGCCAUAAGCUUAGAAUAAAUAAAAAAGUAUAAUGAAGCUAAAGUUGACAGUACUGGAGUUUCACUUUGGCCUGCAGAAGAAUUAUUAGCAUAUUAUUGCAUUAGGAAUUUUGAGCAAUUUAAGAAUAUGAAAAGAAUAGCUGAAUAUGGCGCAGGAUAUUCUGGAUUAGCAGGAUUAGCCUUAUCAAAAUAUUUGUUAUAAAACACAUAAGAUGAUUCAAAUUUUUACAUUGAUAUUUCUGAUGGUAACGAAGAAUGUGCUUUUUUACUCUAAAAAAAUAUCGAAUUAAAUUAUCCCGUUAAAGAUUUUAGUUAGCCUUUAAAGUUUAUUAGCUCAAGAUAAUAUAUUUGGGAUGAAAACGGAAUUGAAUUAGAAGAAAAAGAUAAAUUUGAUUGUAUUAUAAUAGCAGAUUGCUUGUUCUUUAGAAAUUUUCAUCAGGCUUUAAUUAAGACACUUUUAAAUAAUAUGUCUAAAAGUGAUGGAUAUUGCAUAAUUAUUGCACCUUCAAGAGGUGGAACUUUAUAAGAAUUCAUUUAGAAAUGUUAAGGUUAACUUAAUGUUGAAUAAUUUUAGUUUGAAGACGAAACAUAUAAAAAUAUAAGUUCAAAAUGUAAAAAUAGUUCUGAAUACAACUAAGAUACUCACGAAUAUUUUUUCUUAAAAUUAUAGCACAUUAAAUGA